AUGCCUGCUUUCGUCCUGCUUCCUGCAUCUCCCUCAGAUCUCGAGGCAAUUGCACGCGUUCAAUUUGAAGCGUGCGCCAGCGACCAUGGAUUCUCAGUCAUCUUCCCCAAAGGAGCCACUCUUGCCUCCAUUACACAUCUCGUGCACUCCUACGAGAACGACAUGGAGAACGAUCCUACGUGCUACAUCAUGAUUGUUAAAGAGGCAAUGUCUGGUGAGGUUGCAAGUUUUGCUAUUUGGCAUUUCUAUCCUCCAAGAACCCAAGAUGAGGUCGACCGAGAGAUGUUGAUCGAUGACUUCCCGUUCCCUAGCGAUGCAAACAAGGAGCUCGGGAACAGGUUGAUUCAUAACAGUAUCAGAAAGCGUCAUGAAGCCGUGGCAGCCAACGUUGGGGCACAAAGACCUUACGUCUACUUGGCUGCAGUAGGCACGAGCCCAAAAUAUCAGAAGCAAGGAGCGGCAUCACAGUUGCUCAACUGGGGCGUCGAGCGGGCAGAUGAUCAAGGUCUCACCAUCUACGUAGAAGCCACCCCUGCUGCAUUACGGCUGUACGAGAAACAUGGCUUCAGAGAAGUUGGACGUCUCCAGCUCGACCUGGCUCCUUGGAAGGCCGGUGAUUACUCGAAUAUGUGCAUGGUCCGUGAACCGACAUCCUGA